CCCUCAACUUCAAAGAGUCACAAAUCACCCUUAAUCAAAAAGGGUGCAGAAAUUUUUUUGGGCCCUCCCCGCCAUGAGCUCCUACGUAGCCAAUUCAUUCUAUAAGCAGAGCCCCAAUAUCCCUGCCUAUAACAUGCAAACUUGUGGGAACUAUGGAUCGGCCUCAGAGGUGCAGGCAUCCAGGUACUGCUACGGCGGAUUGGACUUAAGCAUCACUUUUCCACCGCCUGCGCCUUCCAACUCUCUCCACGGGGUAGACAUGGCUGCCAACCCCCGGGCUCACCCCGACCGCCCUGCCUGCAGCGCCGCGGCUGCUCCGGGACACGCUCUGGGGAGAGACGAAGCGGCUCCUCUGAACCCCGGGAUGUACAGUCAGAAGGCGGCUCGCCCGGCGCUGGAGGAGCGAGCUAAGAGCAGUGGGGAGAUCAAAGAGGAGCAGGCGCAGACAGGGCAGCCCGCCGGACUGAGCCAGCCACCGGCCCCGCCACAGAUUUACCCGUGGAUGACCAAACUGCACAUGAGCCACGAAACGGAUGGCAAGCGGUCCCGAACCAGUUACACGCGCUACCAGACUCUGGAACUCGAGAAAGAAUUUCACUUUAACCGCUACCUCACUCGCCGCAGGCGCAUAGAGAUCGCCAACAACUUGUGUCUCAAUGAGAGACAGAUCAAGAUCUGGUUUCAGAACCGCAGGAUGAAGUGGAAGAAGGAUUCCAAAAUGAAAAGCAAAGAGGCUCUUUAGAGGCCGCGGGGAGGCCGGCAGACAGCACCCCGAGUGGGCUUUGGUCCCAGCGCCUUUCCUUCUUGAGUUUCCUCUCUCUGUGUUUUAGGGAGGAGGAUAGGUGCUGGAGCCCUCGCUCCCGGGCUCACAGACAAAAGCCUUCUCCUUGGCAUUCCGAAUCCCCACCGACCCAGGGUUCCUGCGGGGCUGCCUGCUCUGCCCUGUCUCCCCUCAGCUCAGAACCCGGGGACCAGGGCAAGCUGCACAGGGCUUCCCCCUAGGGCUGCUGCAUACAGGCUGGUGCUGAACGAACCUGGGCCUGGUUCGCCUCUCCAGCUCCCAGCCUCAGCUUGGACCGCCCCAGUUAAGCUGAACCCCGGAGGGCGCCACAGACCCCUGGCCCCGACCCUCCAGCCUCGCCCUCUCCUUUGUUUCUGGCUAGGCGGGUCAAGCAGCGGCAGACUGGGGAGAGAGUGAUUGCGGCUGGUGGAGUCCGUCUCCUGUUUCGGGGUGCUUCCUUAUAGCGACUAAUCUCGAUCUUCACUUAUUAACGAUUUGCAUAUGAAAGAAGAAGACGACUGAAUCUCCUCCGCCUAGGGCCCAUCAGUUUCUCUAUACUCUCCAAACUUCCUGCCCCCCCAAACCCGGGAACCUCCCCAGCCCUUGCCCACUGCAUGCCCUCUCAGGCCCGCAGCCCCAGUCUGCUAGUUCGCUCAAGUAUUGGGGUUUCCUGCCACUGGACCCCAGCAAGUUGUCCUAGAGGCUCCUUGCUGUCCCUUGUCCCUGCCACGACUUUCUGUGCCCUCCUGCCCUGUUGCUGUUGUCCAACUAUUUAUUGACUCUGGGUCCUUCCUGAAACUAUAUUUUGUCAUAUCAAAUAAAGACAAAGAGAGAACAGGACUAAA